GGGCCAAUCAUCCCAACAACUCUCUCUAGCUUUUAUCCUUAUUUAUUAAGACUAUGGGAGGGAAAAAAAAACCAACAUCAACUUCAAGUUUCAUGAACCACACCAACCAUGAAGGUGAGAGUGGAGAGCUCAAAGCUGGUGAAGCCCUUCUACGGCAGCGGCGGCGCCGAUGAUCGCCGCACCGCAGAAUUCGUUCCUUUGACCGUGUUCGAUAGGGUCGCCGAGGACGCCCACUUCUCCGCCAUCUUCGCCUACCGGCCGCCGACGCCUCCCAACUCCGCCUUUGAGAAAAGCCUCGCCGCCGUGCUCGCCGUGUACCGAGAAUGGGCCGGCCGCUUCGGCGUCGACGGCGACGGCAAUCCAGUGAUCGUUCUAAACGACGAGGGCGUCAGGUUCAUCGAAGCAUCAGUGGAUUCGGCGCACGACGAGGCCGUGCCGCGGGAGCCGUCGCCGGCGUGGUUGAACCUGCACCCGAGCAAAGAGGAGGAGAUACAGGAGCUGCUCCAAAUCCAGCUGACGCGGUUCGCCUGCGGGACCCUCACCGUCGGCCACAACGCGCACCACCGCGUCGCCGACGGCCAGGGCGCCUUCCAAUUCUUCGCCGCCUGGGCCCGCGCAUGCCGCGCCGUCUCCGACGACGACCCCGCACCACCGCUCCCAGCAGCCCCGCACGACCGCGCCGCGCUCUUCGCCCCGCGCCGCCCCCCGCGGUGCGAGUUCGACCACCGCCGCGCAGAAUUCUGUCGCAAGAAUACUAACCCCGCCGUCCAAACCCUCGACGGCGCAUCGGUCGGCGGCAACGUGGUCGUCCACCGGGCGCAUUUCAGCAAGCAGUUCAUCGGUCAGCUGAAAGCAGCGGCGGCCGGCACCGGCGGCGAUGACCGACUUCGCUACAGCACGUUCGUGUGCGUGAUGGCGCAGCUGUGGCGCGCCAUCACCAGGUCGCGGCGCGUGGGCGGGGCCGCCAGCACGCACCUGCGGAUCAACGUGAACGGGCGGGCGCGGCUGGUCCCGCCGGCGCCCGACGACUACUCCGGCAACCUGAUUCUGUGGGCGUUUCCGCGGGCGACCGCAGAGGAGCUCGUCCGGCGGCCGGUCUCGUACGCGGCGGGGCUCAUCGAGCGCGCGGUGGCGGGGCUCGACGACCGCUACUUUCGAUCGUUUAUCGACUUUGCGAGCACGGGGGCGGUCGAGGAAGAGGGGCUGGUGCCGCUGGUGGAGUCGAACUUGGUGGCGUUGAGCCCCCACGUCGACGUCUACACUUGGAAUAGGUUUCCGCUGAAGGCGAUGGAUUUUGGUGGCGGCGGUGGGAAUGGGAACGGAGGGGAGCCGUUCUACGUCGUGCCCUCCUACUUCGCCAUGGAAGGGGUGGUGAUCAUCGCGCCUUCGUUCGCCGAGGAAGGGGCCAUUGACGCUUACGUCUCGCUGUUUGAGGAUAAUCUCGCUUCUUUUGUAGAGGAGUGUUACUCCCUCGAUCAGCAUAAUUUAUCUGGUGAGUGUGCAGGCGAGGUGGUACAUCCACAGAAUGGGGGAGUAUUCUGUAAUAACAAGAUGGACCGCGUCAACGAUAACGCCGGUGACGCUCAGCUCUUAUCAGGGAGUUCGGCACUUUCACUUUAAUUUAAUGUUUCCUCAUAAUAUGAAGCUGCUGCUGUAGUUUUAUUUACCAUAUUCGCUUGUAUUGUUUAUAAAUUUUCCUUGUAAUAAAAUUAAGUAAUUUUCCUUAUGUGGAAGUUGAUGUUAUAUAGGCUACACUGAGUAAGCGGGGCACUGGUCCAACAUAUUGGACACUCCCAUUGUUAUUAAUAAAAUGUUUUUUAUUUAUUAUUAUUUUUACUUUUUAUUAUUUAAUAAAAUAUUUUUUAUUUGCGUCAA